AUGUGGAACCAUGAACGAAAUAAAGCCGAUACCAAUAUUCCUCAUGAUUCACCACCAGCUUAUUCACUUCAUCAACACGCGUGUCUCACACUUAAUAGGACUGAUCGUCUACGAUUUAUUCGAUUUCCGGCAAUUGUUAUUGAUGCUGUUCGACAGGCUAUUCUCACUAGUUGGUGUCCUGGUUUACAAAAAGAGAAAGAAUAUGGGGGUGUACAUGAAUUUAAAUUAAAUGGAAAUCCUUGGCAAGGUCAAGGCAGUGAAGCAGUAGAGUCUCGAAUUAUGAUGUUAUCGAUUCUUUCAGCCUUACAUCGUCAUGGUUGGUAUCUUUUGAUGUCAACUGAUGUUUCCAGAAAACAACAAGACAAGGAUUCAUUGAUUUUUCAACUUGGUGUUCCUCCAGGAUCAACAUCAUUUUUUGCCGUUUCUUUUAAUGAAGGGGACAAGUUGCGUUUGAUUGGUGCUCCACAUGAAUUAAUACGUGCAAUUCAUCAAACUAUUGGUACAGAUAGCAUACAACGCGAAGAACGGAUUUAUUCAGAAGCAGCUUAUCAAUUUAAAUUGGUCGGAUUUCCAUGGGAAGCUGAUGGUGACGAAGCAGUCACUAGUCGACUGAUGCUUCUCGCUCUGCUUGACUGUUUUACUUCGUUCGGUUGGCAAUUACAUGCUAGUAUUGAUAUGAGUAUUGGGCGUGAAGGUCGUGAUACUGAUACUUGGUUUUUUCGCCGAUGUAAUCCAUGA